AACAGCAUUGUCAGGACCCAAUGAACAGAGCACUCGGAUAAAACCUGCCUGGACCUUACAGGAAACGAAAACCAUACUUGGAAGUACUUUUUGGGCUCGUUCGUAACUCGCACGCGUGUUAAGUUUGACGCACGACUCGUCACCGGCCGCGAAUUUCUCAACACGUGCUGAAUGAAAAUUGUGCUACAGAUUGUCGGAACGAUGUUUAAUGUGCAUUAACGGACAUGGGGUUGUGUUCCUCCUAAAAGGACGCUGUUGCGCAACGGGGAUUUCUCUGGUGUGAGCACGCGCAUGACGCACCGGCGGCAGAAUUUUUGGAAGUUGUGUUGAAGACUGUCAGUCUUUUUUUAUUUUAUUUAAAAAAACAACAACUUUCUUCCAGCUCCUUUCAUCGGUCUUUAUCUUCGUGGAUGAGCGUGGUGCUGACUUGAUCCUGCACUUGUACGCAGACCACCUGCGGCUUGGGGCAUCUUCACUCCGCCGCAGUACCACAAACCCGUACAUUGUAAUCAGUCCAACUGUCAAAGUCGUUGCAUUUCAAUUAGAAGACUAUUGAGACUUGGUGUGUAGUCAGUUCAUGCACUGGCUGUGAUAUGUCUGAAAACAGACGGCGGUAAGUUAGAGCAAUGCGCGCGCUGCACCUCGGAGUGUGAACAGGAGGAAGCGGAAGAGUCGCAGGAGGACUGAGAGGUUCCAGAGUCCCGCUGAUUCGCACCCUCGAGGAUGGAGAUGUUAAUGCGCAUGUGCACCGCGUCCCUCAUCCUGCCUUUGCUUUGCAGAGUGAUGGAUGGCCGACUGCUGCUGGAGGGUCUGCCAAGAUUUGGCGUUGUGCCUACCUACCUGCCGGUGCAGUACCAGGUGCUGAACGCGGAGCUAGCCUUUUUCCUUAAGGAGGCCAACCAGGACAUCAUGAGAAACUCCAGUCUACAGGCACGCACUGAGCUCUUCUUUAUUCAGCAGGCCAGGAGGAACCCUGUAGUCAAUGCAAGUUAUGGACCUUUCUCUGUGCAGCAGCCGGUACCCAUGGAACUCCUUGAUCCAGGGAUCUUCAACAACCCAGCAACAACAUCUUUAUCCUCAUCUUUCUCUCCCCUUUUCACUUUUAACUGGAAGAUUCAGACCUUCAUCAUAAGUGAGCGCAUCCAUCUCAGCUGGCCCAAGGUCCAGGUCUUGUUCUAUGUUGUAGGCAGAGACUGGGAUGAUUACAGCACUUUGGAUCGCCUCCCCUGCAUCCGGAUGUUUGCUUUCCAUGAAACGCAGGAAGUUCGAGGCACCUGUCGUUUGAAAGGGGAACUGGGGCUUUGUGUGGCCGAACUGGAGCCGCUGCCCAGCUGGUUCAGCCCACCUAGUGUUGUGCCUGGGAGACAAAGAGCACCUCAAACUGAAGGCACUCCUGUGGAGCUCUACUACAUGGUACAGUCUACCGAGUCUGGCAAAUGCAACAUGGAAAAUUCUCGUAAGGCAGGGGCCAUGCGCUCUGAGUCACAGGGCCCGGCUGGGUAUUUUUCAGGGCCCACACCCAUGCAGAGAAUCGGCAGCGUACGCCUGUUUCAGCCGCUGUCAGAGCAACGCCUGGACAGAAACUUUGUGGUGAUGGUGCCUUCCAGGCCAGUCAGGGAAAGGGAGACAGUCUCAGUCUUCUUGGCUGCUUCUGCUCUUUCUUCAGUGGAGAUCUUCACCCUAAGGGUGAAGUUGAAAGAUGACGUGGCAUUUUUAGGAGUGAAGCCCACUAACCCAGUGCAGUGGACCGUCAGUCAGGACGUGAGGAGCGAAGGACACCAAGUCGUCACGCUGCACUGUCGGAGAAAAGACAACAGCUAUGGCCAAAGGAUGGAGACGGGGAUUCAGAAGGUUCUGCAGGUGGAUUUGGAGGUGAACGGUCUGGGGGAUCCUCAGGGCACUCGUUCAGUCACGUGGCAGGUGGAAUAUCCCAUGAGCCGCACUUUGUCUGAGGAGAUCCCGACCCUGAUCCGACUCGCACCUCACGAGCUUGGUGGAAUCGUGCCGCUCGCCAUGGAGACAGAGAUCCUGAACACGGCUGUGCUCACUGGCAGGACUGUCGCCAUGCCCAUCAAAGUGGUCACCGUGGCAACUGAUGGGGCUGUAACUGAUGUGACUGAGUCCGUGGAGUGUCGAUCCACAGACAACGAUGUUGUUAAGGUGUCUGAAAGGUGCGACUAUGCAUAUGUGAACGGGAAGGAGAUACGAGGGAGGUUGAGGAUGUUGUUGAACUUCACUUACAACUACAUGAGCACCCAGCUGGAGGUGAGUGUGUGGAUGCCCCGCCUGCCCCUGCAGAUCGACCUGGCUGACCCUGAGCUCAAUCAAAUUAAGGGAUGGAGGAUCCCCGUCUCUGGGGGCAACCAAAGAUCUGCAGAUAAUGAUGAAGAUGAAGGGAGCAGACGAGACCGAGGUUGUGGUCCACAGUACCAAAGCACCACUUUACGUGUCCUUACGCACUUUGAGGCAGAGCCAGGAGAGGGACGGAGCCAGCCAGAUUUCCUGCUGGGCAGUGAUUGGCAGGUGGACGUGACAGAGCUGGUGAAGGAUUUAUUGAAAGUGGAGGACUCAAGAGUGGCCAAAAUAACAGAUGGAACAACACUAACGGGGCUGGCUGUAGGAACCACCAAAGUUCAGGUGAUGUCCCCCCUGUCGGAUGUGGUCCUGGCAGAGAGGACGGUGAAAAUCCUAGAUGAUAAAGUGAGCAUUACAGAUCUGGGUGUGCAGCUGGUGUCGGGCCUCUUACUGUCAUUGCAGCUCAGUCCUGGCAGCAACAGGGCCAUCGCGGCCACAGCCACCACCCAGGACACCAUGCACAACCCCAAACAGGAGUCCCUUGUUAGUGCUUGGCUGCACUUUAGUGAUGGCUCUGUGACACCUCUUGAUCUCUAUGACCCUGCACACUUCGUGCUGACAGCCACAUCCUUGAAUGAGCAGGUGGUCACAGUUCAGAAGGCCACGUGGUGGAGAUCGCCAGUGGUGGUGGUGAAAGGUGAGGGUCAGGGCACGCUGCUGCGCGUAGAGAUGUCUGGAGCCGAUUCAUGCCAGAAAAGCAAGCGGCGUAACAUUCUGGCUUCGGUAAGCGCCAAUGUUCGUGUCAAGUUUAGCCGUAGCGAAGAUGGUGACAACAGGAGGCACAGGACCAAUUCCUCAUAUAAUAGAGACACUAUUUCAGAGGCAGGAAUGGUCAACAAAGGAGCCACAACCAUAAAAACAGGUGUUACUUUUGGAGAUAAGCACCCAAUCGGAGAAAUUCCUGCAGAUUUUUCGAAUUUCCCAGCACAGGGCGAACUUCCUCAUGGACGUACCACAGAGGAGGAGUUGCUUCAAGCCCGACGUGGCCUGACUGACCUUGAAAUUGGCAUGUAUGCCCUACUGGGAGUCUUUUGCCUGGCCAUUCUGGUGUUUCUCAUUAAUUGUGUGUCCUAUGCCCUCCAGUAUCAAAACAAACAGCUACCCCUGGAGGGUCAGGAGAGCAUGGCGCAUGCUCAUGACUGGGUGUGGUUGGGACAUGAAGGGGAGCUGAUGGAGAACCAUUCUGGUUUGUGCCUACAGCAGGAUGAGAUGAGUGCUACUGUGGACUCCGGUUUGGGAUUAGAGGAGGCCAGUCAACUUCUCAAUGGACUUUUGGGACAGAAAAAUGCACAAAAUCAAGGAGCACGCGAGCAAAGGAGCGCCACAGGAAACUCACCCACUACUAAGAGGAAACGGGUCAAAUUCACCACCUUCAGCCACUCCAAGCCAAGCAGUGACAGUCCACUGAGCGUUGGGAAAAACGAUAUCCAGUGGGUUUGCCCAGACAUCGAGCUUGGGGACUCCAUAGAGCUCCGAAACUACAUGGAAAGGCUGAAUGAGAACGCCAUGAAGAAUGUCGCAUAGCACUUCUUGAUUCUAGCACUCGGCUAUGUGUUUUGGAGCAGAGUGUAGCUUCACCCAUAUGCCUUCAGGGUAAAGGAGUGGGGUGCCGACCGGCUCACAUCUCACUAUGAAAAGACAGGCCAUUCAUCAGGUCUUGUUUCCAUGGCAACUGUCAUAAGGUGUUCAUCAUUAGGAUUGAAGGCCAACAGGAAUGAUUGUGAAACU